AUGCACCAGCAGAGUUUCUGGGAGCAGCUGGCGACCGCUUGUGGGGGCGCUGGCGUGCUGCUGCUCCUCCCAGCUGAAUUCCAGAAGGAGCACGCGCGACGGCUUAAAAUCGAGGAUAGGGCUACAUUGUUCACCAGCAUUGCGGCGAGGCAUCCAAACUCGAAAUAUGACAUCACGGUCCUCACUGAUUUUUUAUCAUACUAUUACUACAACAAAGUUUUGCCAGAGUGGCAGAUACCUUUAGAGAAUUUGCCUGAAGCAGAUAUCGCUACCCGUCGGCAGAGAGGACUGCGGGAACUGGUUCUUUUUGACGUCACUUCACACAUUGCGUCGGAUGGAGGAGACUCGGCAACGCCUCCGAAUACACCGUCGUUCAAUUCUCUUAUUGAUCCAAGCAUGCUCGAUUACGAAUAUACGGAAGACCAACCCAUGGAUUUUACGCCUUUUUCGUCUGGCCAAGGGCAAGAAUUCAUCCCUCCCAGCUCAGAAGCCGUGCAAGAGGGUUUAGGUAUUGCCAGCGAUGUGGAUGAAAGCAUGCAUGAGCUCUCGUGCACGGGAAUCACGGGAAUGUACUCGGGGAUGUUAAUGAGUCCUGACCAGUUACAGCUGUUUAAUCAAUAG